GCAGUUUGAAGUAGUCGCUCCCGAAGAUGCUGAAAGAGUUCCUGGUGAUGGCCCUGGCGGCAUUUUGCCUGUCAGAGGCAUAUACCCCAUCCCCGCUGCGGACGGCCGACAUGGACUAUCUGCAAAAGCAGACCAAGAUCUACGACUUGUUCCGAUACAUCAACCAGGAGAUGCCAAAGGACCAAGACGGCUACGAGCUAGGAAGCACCUACGAAUUCAGCAGUUAUUACGACUAUUACACCAACAAAGCUGCCAUCGACUACUACCUGCAGAAAUACAAGUACAACCGCCUGAACCAGGAUGCCAUUUUCAGCAUCUUCUAUCCAGAGCACCGUGACGAGGUCAAGGCUCUCUUCAAGGUGUUCUACUACGCCAAGGACUUCCAGACCUUCUACAAGACAGCCUGCUGGGCUCGAAUGAACACCAACAGUGGAGUUUUCCUGUACGCUUUUAGCGCUGCCGUAUCCUACCGUCCGGACACCAAGUACAUCCGUCUUCCUACACCCUAUGAAGUCUUCCCGAGCUACUUCUUCGAAGCCCCGGUCAUCCAGCAGGCUCAGUACAUCAAGAUGGCCCGCGGUUACUCGAAGGCAUCCACUGGAGUCGACAACUAUGUGAUCUACGCCAACUACACCGACAACUAUCAGCGCCAGCAAUACGAGAACGAGUACCAGCUCGACUACUUCAUAGAAGACAUUGGCCUGAACGCCUACUACUACUACUGCCGCACCCUUCUGCCUUACUGGCUGACUAGCAAGGACUACGGUAUUCCAAAGGACAUCCGUGGAGACCUGUACUACUACAUCCACAAGCAGCUCUUGUCCCGCUACUAUCUGGAGCGUCUGUCCAACGACUUGGGAGAAAUCGAGGACUUCGACUGGAACAAACCCUUCAUCCCAGGAUUCUACUCCAACUUGCAGUACCCCAACGGCGUAUUCUUCCCUCAGCGUGAGGUGUACUCCCAAGUUCCAGAAUACAAGUACAAAUACCUUAAGUACAUCCAAGCGUACGAAUCUCGCAUCCUUGCGGCCGUAGACAGCGGAUACGCCAUUGACAAGGAGGGCAGACAGUACAACAUAUAUUCUUCCGAAGGCAUAAACAUCCUGGGUAACAUGAUUGAAGGAAACUACGACUCCUACAACUACUACUACUACGGCUCCGUAGACUACUACUCGAGACAAAUCCUGGGCUUCAACUGGGAAUGCUAUAACCCUGACAAGUGUACGCCUAGCGCUCUUCAACAGUACAGCACGAGCAUGAGAGACCCGGCCUUCUACAAACUGUACAAGAGAAUAAUGUACCUGUUCUUCAGAUACAAGGAACGUCUCCCAUCCUACACUUACGAUGAACUCGUCUACCCCGAACUCAAGAUCGAGUCCGUCACCGUGGACAAACUGACGACGUACUUCGACUACUACGACGCCUGGAUCAACAAUGCCGUUGGCGUGGAGAACAUGAAAGAUGGACAGUCCUUCAACAUCAAGGCCAGACAAUACCGUCUGAACUACAAGCCAUACACCUACCAAAUCCAGGUGAACAGCCAGAAAUCGACUAAGGCCGUCAUCCGUAUCUUCUUGGGGCCAUAUUACGACUACAUCCAGGAUGAUGCCUACUAUUUCCAAAAGUACUACAUGAACUUCUAUGAGCUCGACCAGUUCGUAGUGAACCUAUCUCCUGGUGCGAACAACAUCCUGCGCCGCAGCACCGAGUCCGUUUUCACUAUCCCUGAAGACUCCACCGAGGACUCCUUCUACAGGAAGAUGAAGAAGGCUACGGAGGGCAGCGAACCGUUUACGUACUCCGAGAAACUUUACGGUUUUCCUCAACGCCUUCUUCUUCCCAAGGGCAAACGCGCCGGCAUGUACUAUAAGCUCUUCUUCUACGUAAGCCCGCUCGACGACUAUAAGAGCUACAACUACGACUUCCCGUUGUAUGGAAAGAUCAACUACGACAGCAAACCCCUGGGAUACCCCUUGGACAGACCCAUGUACACGUAUAACUACACGAUGCCUAACGCGUACUUUAAGGAUGUUCAGAUCUACCACAAUUACGAGGGAGAGUACAGUUCCUGAACGUUUAAGCGAGCUGCGUGCUUUUAUUGUCGAUAU